UCUGGAGGUGCAGCACAGGAGGGUUGCUACGUUCAUUAAGAGGCAGCUUUCAAGAUUGUUCACAGAUUUUUAGUGAAGAGGUAUUGCCAAGAUUUAAACAUUCCAGCCGGUCUGAGAAAGUGAAUACUUGCCCUUUGUGCUGCAUAGCCGAAUUAAUCCACAAAAAAAACAGUCCCGUGAGAGUUCUUAAUGCAAGCUGAUGGUUUGGUUUACAGUAUAUCUCCAUUUCCAGAAUGUCGCAAUCGACAGUGCAGCCAAAUAAUGAGUGCCUGCUUCUACUUAAUGCAGAGGAAGUUUUCGUGAUUCACUGCUUGCUUUUUAGCUCGCUGUCCUUUUUCGCGGUAAACAUUUCAUGUUCCAGAUAAAGUACAUUUGCUUGAACAAUCAACAUUCAAUUUUGGAAGAACUUAUCCUUUCCUGAUCUUGUUUCUUGAAAGUAAUUAUGUACUGUUGCUAAUGUCAGAUCAAUGUUCUGAAGGACUCUAAUUGGAAAUAUUUGAAAUGAGCUUGCAUGCCAACAACUGCAAUGGGAUGGAGGAAUCUUUGCACAAUACAAUACAUGGUUCUCAUCGGCCUGUUUUGAUCAGUGACGCAAAUGGCAACAAACAUUGCUCUAGUGCACAAAUAGCUCCUGAAACACUCCAUGUUGCAACCAAGUUGACUAUUGAAAACUGUAUGAUCUCAGAUAUGCAAAUGUUUCCAUGUAAUAACAAUGUCGGGGCAAUCUUAUCAGACCAAAAAGCCUGUGGGCUCCAGGAUAAAGCUAGACUUGAAUUAGAAGUGGCUGAAGACCAUCUCUGUGAUGGAGUUACUAAUUCUCAAAGUAGCUCUUCAGAUCAGUACAUGACAGCAAAUUUGAGUUGCAACUCUGAGAGCUCUGCUACAAUAACAGAUCCUGGCUGGUGUACGCAAACACGCAAAUUGAGUAACUCCAUCAAAAGCAAGCUACCUUGCGUUGAACCCCUUGGUGGAAAUCAUGCUACAGAUAUUGUGCAAAAGUUAAACUCUUGUGUUACAAAUGAAGCAUAUCUUCAGAAAGCAGAGCAUGUUUCAGGUAACAGCUCGAACUUUGAUACAGUUGGUAAUACCAUUGAUAAAAGUAUAGGAAUUAAAAAGCCCAUGGAAAAUUUAGAAUAUUCAAUAUUGCCUUGUGAAACAGAGUUGGAAAUGAAAGGUGUUAGUCUUGGCAGCACUGAGCAUGAAUUGAGUGUGGCUGUCCUUGAAUCAUCAGUAUUUUCUAAUAGUUCAUAUGAUCCAAUUGUGUCAGAUCAGUCGCUGGAUGUCUUCGAAUCUGCAGGUGAAAGUGAGCUGAUGGAUGAUGUGCUAACUACUCAUCAACUGCCAAUAGAAGUCACCUUUAAUUCCAAAGACACUCUUGAAGGGCUAUCAAAUCGGCAACAAGUCGUAGAUGAAGGAGAGCAAGUGCAUUGUCAAACAGAAUUAAGUCAGAGUACUGGAUUCUCUCUCAGCCCUUGCCAAAAUCCUAAUCAGAACUGCAUGGAGAGAGUAGAUCGUGGUAUAAGCAGUACCACUGAUGACCAAUAUAUGAAAUAUCAAUCAAAAGAAAUGGUAGAUGAGCAGUCGGUAGCUGCAAAUGAACAAAGCUGUGACGUCGACAGCAAGAAACCAAUGAGAAUGGCUACAGCUGAAAGGCAUGAAGUUGAAGCUUGUAGAAAGCCAGCUGACCCUGCAAUGAAUGCCACUUUUAUAGUGUUGCAGGAAACAAAUAAUGCAAAAUCUGCAUGUGAAACUAUCAGUUGGAAUGCUGAUGCACAGGAAUGUGCACCACAAGCAGGGGAUGUAACUGAAGAAACGUUUUUAAUUUCAAAUACAACAAUUCAUGAAGAUGGAAGUUCAUAUUCUCAAACAUCAACCCCUUUACCAGAGUCCACAACAGCUUUUUUCAGCUCCCCAUUUCUGAAUCCAACUGGGAGAAGUGUUAGGAGGAGUGGUUCGACAACUGCAGGAGAGUCUCCAACUAACUUGCAGUUGCAGCCAAAUGCAAGGGACCCAAUACAGAAGCAUUGUGGGAAAGUAAAACAUAAUGCAAAUAUGAAAGCAAAAUUGACUAAAGUGGAGAUAAAAUGUUACCCCAAGCCUAAUUUUAAUUAUGUCAAACCUAAAGUUGUAUCUAGAAUUCAGAUGAAUUUGCCACCAAAAAAUGUCCCCCCUUCAUCAGAGGGUUCAUCAAAAAAUAUUCCAAAAUCCAUCUGUUCCAUCGCAUCACCUUGGACUCCAGGUUCUCAAUCUUCACCUGAAGCCUUGAAUAAGGAUCAGCUUUCAAAAUCAGCAUCUGAACCAAAGUCAGCAGUCUUGAAAUUGCAGAGUCUUGGUUUUAAGAAAACUCUUCCCACAAACAAGCAACCAAUUUUGACUGGAGAAAAGAUCUCAAAAUGUAGUUGUAAGAGUGCUCAAACCCCAACAGCUUCAAAAUUGACUUUAAUUGAUGGAGCAUCAAGUCAAGUACACAACUCAUUGCACUACUCAAAGCCAUCACUUUCCUCUGCAAGCACAGCUCAUGAACUUAAUAAAACUUUUCACUAUGAUGGAAGGGAGAGAGCAAAUCUUGCAAAGCAUGAUGCUCCUGUUGUUGAAAAACCAAGAGCCAGAUGUACAAGUUUGGCAGGUGCAACAGAUCGUGGAGUUGGUUAUAAUGUUCCAGUUUCCAAGGCUACAUUGGAGAAGACUCGCGCCACUGAAGAAGUUGCUUUAACUAAAUCUGCACCCAGUGAUGAUAAAGUUGGACAGAGACUAUAUUUCAGCAAUAAGAGGAGCCUGCCUAUGCCGUCUCAGUCUGCAAAAUUAAGAGUGCCGUCUUCUGUGUCAAAAUCGUCUCCGGAAAGUGUGAAGGAUGGCCACACAAGUGUCAUACAGUGUCCAACAAAUAAACAGCUACUGCUAUCUGAGGAACAAAAAGUUGCUUCUAUUAAAGCAAAACCAAGGCUUGGAUUAGUUAAAGCCACUUCAAACUUGGGAUGUAAAACAGUAAAAGGCACAUUCAACUCUAAACUGCCUGUUCCAACUUCUGGGUUGAAACGAGUCAACAGCUUGUCAUCAAACAGCAGUGGCUUGUCAAUUCAAAGCACAUGCAGUAGUAAAGCUACAGUUGCUUCAGUUCAUCACAGAGGAGAUGGUUCAAGGGAACGUAUACUCUCUGCAUGUUCCAACCGUAUUCAAAAUCAAUCUGUUUCAGUGCUAAAAAAUAAGUCUGCAUCUGUAAAGUCUCCAUGCAAAGGAGCAUGGAGAAAUGUGAACAGUGUGAGCAAGAUUCUUCCAGGAUCUGUCCCAAGGUCUGCAAGGCAAUUGAGCACUCCAAGCAAGCUAAAAGCUGAUAGAACUUGGGUAAAGUCUAGCUCCACACAGAAGACAGGCUCCCGAACUAAUCUGUCAACCCAGGCCACAGAUUUGCGCUCCAUCGAGAAGAGGACCCCUGGGCUGCUACACUACAAAACUACAUGUGAGAAGCAGGUUGCCUCAAUUGCAAAGCUGAAAGAACUAUUAAAAACAAGUAACCAAAGAUGCGAAGCUAUUGCAAUAGUGGUUCAGUGUCUUCAAGUCCAGAAGGAGGAAGCGGGCAAACGGCACAAGGAGUUGUCUCAGGAGUUGCUUACUUUGCAUCAUGAACUAGAGACAAGGAACUCGACAUGUGCUCAAUUGGCAAAGGAUCGGGAAGAACUCCAAAAAAAAUAUGAAGGAGUCAUUCAAAAGCUGUCUGAAGAACACCAGAAUGAGCUUAAAGAUUUGGAAGAAAGACUGAAACAGCUUUUCAAUGCAGAGAAGGAGCAUUUAGAGCAAAACUUCAAAAAAGAUGUGGAAAUUCUGCAAGAACAGCUGCAAAAGGAGGUUGAAAGCUUAACCUCCAAGCAUGAAGCCCAUAAACUAGAACUUGUUGCAACCCAUGCAAAGAACCUGGAGUCCCUCGAGAGAGACUAUCAACAGUCUUUGGCAGAACUGACAAGAUCACAUGAGCUGGACCAGAAGACACUGGAAGAGAACUUUAAAGAGAGACAAUUGCUGUUUGAGGAAGAAAUUGCAAAACUGAAUGAGGAAAAUGAUUCUUUGAAAGAAGAAAUUAAAACAAAAGAAAUGGCAAAAGUACAAAUGCAGAAAGAUCAAAAGGUUGACCCCCUGGGUCUGUAUUUGGAGCAAGAACUGGAAAGUCUAAAGGCGGUGCUUGAAAUAAAAAAUGAGAAAAUACAUGAUCAAGAGAAAAAGCUGAUGCAGAUGGAAAAACUGAUGGAAAAGCAUAUUGUGCUGGAUGAAAAGCUUAAAAUUGUACUUCAAGAAAAUGAAGACUUAAAAGCUCGAAUGGACAAACAUAUAGCUGUGUCCAGGCAAUUAUCGACAGAGCAAGUGGUUCUACAAGAGUCAUUGCAGAAAGAAUCAAAAGUCAACAAGCGUUUAUCUAUGGAAAAUGAAGAACUUUUAUGGAAACUGCAAAAUGGAGAUGUUCUUAGCCCUAAAAAGUUAUCACCAAGUUCCUCUUUCUCCUUUCAAUCUUCCAGAAAUUCGACAUCCUCAUUUUCUGGCCCUGCACCCUCACCAAGGUGACGCAUCCCAAAUUUUUACACCAUUAAUUAUUGGGACAAACAAGGGCUAUUGGAUUUUGAACAUGGCAAACAAAAUACUGUUCUAUUAUAUGGUGUAAGACUAUGGAAAGCAUUGUUUUUAGUAUCUAUAAUUGUGUAUGAUCUGUAUAUAAAACAUGUUGCACAGAGCACUUAAUAUAAACAGCAAGAAUCUUGCUUUUGCCUUUUUGCCUAUUAAAAUGAAACUCAGGGCAUGUAGAUUACUUUUAGCAAAUCUGAGUAUUCCUCAUUUGUGUAAAAACAUUUGUCUGGUAAACAGACGAUUGAAGUUAAGUACUGAGGAUCACCUUCAUGGUGAGCUGACAGGAUGUUGCUUGAAUUUUUUCCAGCAAAGUGAUUAAGAUAGUGUUGGAGGAACUGGGAGAUAUCUAGAUGAAACUUGGUUGUAAAAAAUGUCAGGAAAUGCUUGUGCAGUAUAUAGUCCUUGAUCUCUGUUUAAAACUGGGUAGAUGCCCUGUGUACAGAUUUAAAUUCUUUUGGAAGCUAAUGGCCGGAAAAUAUAAUAUCAUGGAGUUCAACAUUUGCUGUUUUUAUAAUGCAAAAAGAUGCUAUCAAAUUAUCUAAGCACUUAAGCAAUAUUAAAGGAACAUUUAAUGUUAGACUAGAAAUGCAAGUAGAGCACUUAAAUCCUGAUUCCACCUUUGCAAUAUCUGGCUGCAUAUUGCUUGCAUUCAUUCAGUUGUGAUGAAUUUUGAGGAAUUUCUGGGACAGGUCUGCAUUUGUCUGCUCAAUCGUGCUACAGGGAAGCAAAUUAUUCCACCCUUGAGCUGUGUCGUUAAUGGUUUUAAACAUGUCUCUGCAUGGUUCAUGGAGGCUGUAGUUCUAAUCAACCCAGAAAAGCUAUUUGUUUUGGUCACAGUAUUAUGAAUUUAGUCUUUGUAAUGGAUAAUGAGUUCAACCUGGGACACUGCCGUAGAAUGUCGCAAGUGUUUAUAAUCAUAAUGAAAAGUAGUAAAAUUGUGAAAUACCAAGUGUCAAAGUUUGACUUGACCUGAAAAUCGCACCAUUCUCUUGAGGGGAGAGAUUUGUAGUUUUCUGGAACUUGCCUCCAUUGAAUUUGUUGCUGGACAUCUAGGUGAUCAUUUCAAUCUUUUCUCUGCCUUUUUUGAAUGGCUUGUGAAUCUAGAGCCCCAUGUAGAUCCCCCAAUGGCCAGCAAUAGAGCCCAAUCAUGCUGGUUUUGAGAAUUUGUUAGAACUCUAUGGGCCUGGAAGUUGAAAUAUCUUACUGUUAUUUUGGUAGAUUAAACCCAAAUCAAAAUGAUCUUAGUUUUGGCAACCAAGUGCAAAUUAAUGACACUGAUUUUUAAAUUUUAUUAUGUGGUCAUGGCAGCUCCAUUAUGCAUGAAUGCAAUACAGACGAGCAUGGCGUUCUUUUCAGAAUCUUGGUAAAAUAAAUGAUUGUCAUCUUGCAAUUGUUCAAAUUAUACUUUAGUUCUUUCUAUCGAUCUUAUUUAUUAUUCUUGAAGACACCUCCAUGAGCUGCUGAAUUCCAAAGAAAUUGAGAUUAAAUCAUUAGAAAAAUGGUCAAAUAUGGCCUAAAUUUUGUGAUUGUUAUAUUGGAUAUGUGAGUGGACCCAUUCUACUGUAUUGAUGUGUGUAUUUAAAGUGAGACUUGCUGUUUAUGAACUUCCCCAAUUGAAAAUUGGCUUUUGCCUUCAGUGUUCUCAAUUUUGUCUUGAUGUAUACUGAUUUACAAUUCACUUUCCAAAUUAAUCAGGUAUGUAGAGUUUUAUCAGAUUUGAGUUUCUGUUGCAUAAUACAAGAUGCAUCAAUUUCUCAGGCAAAUCAUGUUAAUUUUAAGUAGAACGGCAUUUGUUACUGAUCUGUGUACUAUUCUCUUUAUACACUGGAUUAAAAGGAGGAACCUCGAUCGCUGUUGUAAAUUCUGUAUUGUAAAUUCAUUUAACUUAUAAAUUGAAAUCAAAAGCCAGAAAAUUGGAUUUAUUGGUGGUUCUCAUUUCUAUGCAAUGUCAUCCCACUAGCUGAUAACUAUGCUGAUGGGAAUCUGCAAUAUUAAAGAUGUUAACUUUCUAAUCAAAACAUUCCAAUAUUCAUACAGCUUUUCAAGUAACACACCCAAUGCCUUUACUAAUUUUUCAUCCAGUUUUGGUACUAUAUAGUCAAGUCUUGUUUUGUCAGUUGAAGAAAUUUUCCUUUGAAGAAAGAAAAUAUCCGCCUAAUUUCAAUAUGAACUUUGAAUAAUCAUCUUAACCCUAGCUGUAAAUCAACUGAGUUCAAAGGUGUUUCUAGCAUUUGAUAGGCCAAUUGUUAUUUGUGCAGUUCAUUGUGAGUUGGCAUUUUCUUUACUACAGAUUUAUUUUUGAAACUCAUUUAUGCAUGUGGGAGAGGCCUGGAGUUUCUUGUUGCAGAGGAACACUAGUUAUUGGUUGAUCAUACUUGUAUUAUUUGGACAUGUUAGUUUAAAAAAGGAUGUUUCCUUUUGUGAACCAUUUUGUAAUGCAUAAUUAAGAAACCUUCCCAUAUGCUGAUGCUUGUUGGAUGGUUUUAGGUACUUGCAAUAUUUUAACUGGCAUAUCCUUAGAACCUUGUCUAUUUUGUUAUAGAAAUUGCCCAUCUUCAAAGUAUUAAUUUUUGGGUAACAUUCUUUGACAAUUAGUGCAACAAAAUCCAAGAUGAGUUUAUAAUUUAUACUUUCUGCAAACUUGAUGCCCAAGGCAAAAAGGGCAAUGGUUAGUUGAAAUACUUUCUCAAAGCUUGUAAACAUUUUGAUUUCAUUCUACAUGUACUUUGUGCAUUGAUCACUUUUAAUCUUUUGCGUAGUAAAUGUACUUGUUGCUUCCUUGUUGA